AUGGGACCCAGCAAUUCGGAGACAGAACGGCUUUUGGGCGCAGAGGCUGAUGGCGUAGAAGCCACGCCAAAAGAAACACCCCCAGGUUACUAUGCUAUGCCUAUUUCCUUUUUAGCCUCAUGCGCCAUGGCAGCAACAGCGGCCUCGACUAUAUAUGGCUAUGCCCACAUUGUGUGCAAGGACGCGUCGCAGUGCGAGGAUGCAGAAAAAGCAGCGUACGCAUCGGCGGUGGCCGCGGCAACGACGAUUGCAAACAUGUGCGGACUGAUGGCAGUGAGCGUAUACGAGCGGCUGGGGACCCAAAAGGGGCUUGGAGUGUGGAUAGGCCUUAGGGCGGGUAGUGUCGUGGUACUCGGUGCUGGAGUGCUUCGCAGGAGCGUCAGUCUGGCCUUGGGCGCGCGUGUGCUCGAGGGUCUGGCGACAGAUAAUACGCUACACAUGAUGCUGAAUGCUUUAUAUGCGCACAGCAAAGAUCAGCGCCAUGUUGGCAGGCUUAUGUCGAUGUCGCUGGCCCUGUACAUGGCUGGCAUGGCCCUUAGCCCCGCCCUGGCCGCGCUGCUUGCAGACUUUCGAGUCUCUUUUGCCGUCGCCCUCGUUAUCUUUGGUAUUACGGCUGUAUACCUGGCCGCCAUAGGAACAUGGUUAGACGAUGAGCGUGGUGACAAUCUUGUCGGUCAUGGUCAUAUGAGAGAGAGUGGCGGUACUGACACCAACGCUUCGCCAUUAUCUGGCCUGGCCAGCCUCGCCCGUCCCGCUCUGCGCCUGUUCAGCCAUCGAGUGCUUGCUGCGCACGGCGGAGCUAUGUUUCUGUACAAUGCAGCCAUAUCGUACAUGUUUCCGGCCUUGAUGGUGCAUGCGACCCUCGAGUUUGGAUUCACUCCAGCGCAGAACGGUCUCCUCUUGUCUGUUGCAGCGGGCACGUCUUCAAUGCAUCUCAUCCUUGCUGCCGUAAUGUCCAGGCCUGCUCGCAAUGCCGCCGCUGUGCUGGUCUCUCUCACUGUGCUUGUCGCCGCUUUGGCCGCGCUGGCCAUGGUUCAGGUGCCAUGGGCCUUGUUCCCCGUUGUCGCUGCGGCCUCCUUGGGCCUGGCUACGCCGUCGUUCGUCAAAGCCCAUCUUGUACAGCGUAGGCCGCACGAUGGCCUAGCUGUUGCUGCUCUUUCUGUCGCAGAAGGCCUAGGCAGUCUGGUCUCAGCCCCGCUACUCGGUGCAUGGCAAAGCACUCAUCCGGGUGGCAGUGUGCUCUAUGUUGCUGCCACUCUCGCUGCCGCAUCAGCCAUGGUCUUUGUCUUUGGGUGCGUGUAGUUUCAUGAGUAGCAUGGAUUUCUCAAAUCACUUCACAGUUCCAACAUCUCACAGUCAAACAGAAUACUCUACGGUUGUGAUAAAAGGCGACGAUUCAAAUUAGUGGCAUGGAACGCAGAUGUGAACCG